UUAUGGUCUUGUGCAUCGUUCGCAUCGGACGUGCGUAAACAUUGUGUCAAUAAUAGAGUGGAAAUUAUCAUUGUUUUUUUACUUUCCUGCACAUUUUUGAAUCACCGGACUGACUUGCAGUAUGUGUAUGUGUUUGUGUACACGUGAAGAUUGAACAAAAACCUCUACGCACGGUUGAUUAUCGAUUUGUUAGACGUAACCAAGUUGUAGUGACUCUAAAACAAUAAAAAAAAGAAUCCGUUUGCUUUCGUUUGGACAAAUUUGCGAAACCUUUUCAAUUAAUCAUCGCUUCUUCCAACGGAAAUGAUCAGCCAGUUUUUUUUAAGACAAAACAUUUUCAAAUUGUGAAUAAGAAAAAAACCCCACACUGCCGACUGUCGGCACGAGCAUAUCAAAUUACAAGCAGAUCGUGUUAACCGAAACUAAGCUAUUGCCAAAAAAAAAAUUUGUUGGUGCGAAUUGCUUAUAGUUCAUGUGACAGUUUUCAGAAAAGAGAGGAAAAAACAGCGAGGAAAAUAUUUCCUUGUGAAAUCAUCGCGUUUCAUUGUUUUUAUUCUGGAAAAUUUGGAUGUGAAGUAUAGAUUGAAUAUAAUUGAAUUUUUUUUUUUGGAAAUUAUUAUCGAAUUGCUACAAUUCAAAUUUAUGUCAAAGGAUGCAAAAACUGUUUUAUUAUGACAAUUUCAUUUUCCAUAAAGCUCAAAUUUAAUUAGUUAUAUUUUUUAUUCAGCUUCAUUAUUGUAAGAGAAGUGAAUCUGAUCGAGACGUAACAAGUGCUCUGCAUUUCGAGUUGCAGGUGAAUAUUUUGUUCGAUAAUACGAAGAGACUCAUUAUUCAAAAUCGAUCAGUGAUUUUGGUUCGUCAUUUAGUUCAAGUCUAUCUACCAUCGAUUCAGUCUGACUCUCAUUGUUUAAGUGGCUUUUAUCUCAGUGAAUUAUCGAAUCUAUAAUAUAUGAAUGAGAUACGCGAGUGCAACUAUGUAAUUACCGAAGCUCAUCGACCAUUUUAAAAAUUGUUUAACUAAGAGAACAAAUACAACAUCAUCUCCGGAUUUUGAUUCGGCUUAACUAGUAUUUUUUUUAACAACGGAAAUCAUGUUGAUACGGAAAAACACCAUUCUACUGUUGUUAUUUGCAUUGCAUGCUAGUGCCGAUGUAUUUAAAACAAAUGAAAUUCCAGAUGUACCCGCUGAAGAUCUAGUACCACCACCGGAAGAUCAAGAAUCAAUUGUUGUUCGAUAUCAAGGCGAUGGACAACCGUCAAAAUCAUUAUUUCAACGAGUCAUUACGUGGUUUGGUUUCAAUGGUGAUCCACAAUCACAAUCGACAAAUAAGAAACAAAAUGCCAAAAUACAAACCCAAAAAACACAACAACAAAAGCAAAACGGAUACGUUUAUGAAAAUCCGGCCAAACCAUUUUCACCGUCACCACAAAAAUUUUCACAAUCACCCGUCUACACAUACGAUGAUCCCAGCAAGAUUAUUCUAACGAAUGGGUUUCGAUACGAACCAGCCGGAAAAUUGCAACCACAAUCACAGCAAGGAUAUACCUAUGAGCCACCUCCGCAUAAACUAGAAUUACAACCAGAAUCAGGAUAUACGUACGAUCCUCCGCGACCGCCGGUGAAAUUACAACAACAACCGACACCACAGCAAAAUAUUGGUUAUACAUACAUUCCACCACCGGUGAAAUUGCAACAACCAUCAUCAACCGGAUAUACUUACAGUCAACCUCCAGUUAAACUUCAAGAACCACCAAAACCACAACCAACUGGUUAUACCUAUCCAAACCCGGUAAAAUUUCAACAGAAGCCCGGCUCUCUGAAUGAUCUGGUAUCGUCGGCCGCUUCACCGACUGCCGUUUAUUCGUUUAAUGGAUAUCCGUUUAGUCAACGGCAACAGCAACAACAACAACAACCGCAACCAAGUGACUCAUUUCCAUGCAAUAAAAUUCCAUGGUUACCGAUUUUCCCAGAUGCAAACGAAUUGAAUUUAUUGCGUGCAAGACUUCAAGCUAAAAAUCCAAAUUUCUUGCAAAGUGUGCCGGGCUAUGCAAACAUUCAACCAAUCGCAAGACCAACACCGGAGAAAUUUCUCAAUGCACACACAUAUUUGCCGCCGAGACAACGACCACUUAGGCAUCCUUCACAAGUUGCCACACCAAAUCAAAUCAAUUCAAUAAAUACGAUAAAUUCAUUGCCGCUUCCAAGUACAGCACAACCGUUUAGAGCUCCUCCGCCGACCAUGAGCUCAACAUAUUUACAAUAUGCACAGAACAAUGUACAGCCAAUUCAAACAACGCCACAGAGCUUCUAUUCGAGCUCAGUGCCCAAUUAUAGCGUCACACAAGCUCCACCAUUGUAUGAACCAAAACCAUUUACGAUUAACGAUGCUCAAGCUAAUGGAAUUUACGUCAAUGGUCGAUUAGUAACGCCAACCGGCCUCUCUACAACGAGCGUUCAAUCGUUGCAAGUCAUAAAUCAAAAUCAUCCGGUCACUCAAUCGCAGAAAAUUGUUCAACCCACAAACAGCUACGGCACUCCGGCCUCAGUUUAUGGGCCACCUGUAACUUAUGGUCCGCCGACAAAUACGUACGGAACACCACCGAUUAAAUUGACCGCCGAAGUAACAGAGAGUAGUGUAUAUAGUCAAUUUUCGGCAUCGCAACCGUUUACAGCACGGCCAACAUUAUCAUCAGCCGAUAAAUUCCGCUAUAAUUCGAAUUUGGAACAAAAUUCAAAUCUAAUCGAAAAACCAAUAAUCAUUUCGGAUAGUGCGGCUGAUGCAAGUGAAUCGACUCGUUCGCCUCAAGGUGCCAAUGCGAUAUCUGAGGAAAAUCAACCGAUUUUACAAGUUUUACAUGAAUUAAAUGUGUCAACGGCAUCACCACAAGGUUUUCAAUAUCCGCCCACCAGUACGGAGCCAAGUUUAUCGAUUUCAGCCGCCAAUCAAUUACGGAACAAGGAAAAGGCCAAAGUGAAUUCAAAUCGUGAAACACCUCUUGAUCUAUUAGAUACACCAAUUCAACAUUAUCGCAAAACUUCAAUCGGUCCAUCGACAACGCCGGAUCCAAAUGCUUUGCCCGAAUUUAAAUUUAUGCGAAACACAUGGAAACCAUUGCCACCGAAUCCAUUCUCGAAUCCAUUGAAUGUGGUAACAACGGCCAGUCCACAACGAUCAUCACCAGUUACACCGUCCGCCGCUUCGGCUGCAUUCCAAUCGCAUACUCAAGCUCACGAUGUGAAUGCAAUUGAAAAUCAAGACAAUGAAGGAAAGAAAACGAAGAAAAUUCAAAUUAUCAUUCCAUACACAAAUAAAGCGCGACCCAGUCCAUUUAAAAAUAAUCAAGAUCUGCAAAGUUUUGAAAGUUCGGCCGGUUGGUCGAAUAGUCAACAUAAUGAUGAUCAUAAUUCAGAGGAAUCGCAAGUAAUAUCGGCAGCCACACCGUCGCCCAAACCAGGGCAUCAUCAUCCGAAACGAACAAAUUCACAAUAUUUAACAAAGAUUUUGGCAAAGAAUAUUCGUGAACUAUUGAAACGUGAACAUUUGAAAAAUAUUUCAACCAUUGAUUUGGCCAAAUUGCAAAAGAACAUUGAUGGAUGGACGGAACAAGAAUUUUCAAUGGGUGGACCGAAUCGUGCGAGUACGAUUUCAUUGCUUGCACAACCAAAACUCAUUCCAUAUGAAUAUUUGACAACAACACAAUCACUACAAGAUUUAUUGACCACUGAAAGUAUGCAACCAACGACCGAGUACCCAAGCACAUUGUAUGAAGUGAGCGAUAGCACAGAAAGUGAUGAUGAUAGUCAAAGUGAAGGUGAAAUUGUGGACGAUGAAAGUGAAGAUGAAAAUGAAAUUCAUGGACAAGAUAACGGUGAUAAUAUUGCACCUGAUGAACAAGAAGCCAUUCAACAGGCUGAAGAUAUUGAAGAUGAAGAUUUUAAACGACUGGAUUACUUGAAAUCACAACAUAUAUUUUAUGCAACAAAUCCACCGCCAUCAACAACGCCACAGCCAAGAGUAACAACACCAAUGCCACCAUGCUCAACAACACCAGCAAGUGAUGCGGUUCGCACAACAGUUCUACCAAGCGCAGAUGAGCUAUGGAAUCGAUUGAAAUCAUUGCUUGCUCCAGCAACUGAUAAGAACAAUGAAAAAGUCUAUAUCGUGACACCUCAACCCUAUCCGUACUUUGAGUCGGAAAAAAUUGUCAACGAUGAUGACAAUGAAGUGGUCGGCCACUUUAAAUCACCACGUUUUCUAGUUCGACCAACACCUGGCGCAGCAACCGGACGAGCAGCUAAUUCAUUUGCACGACUCACUUUCAAACCACGAAUGGGUCGUUUACAAACAACAACAGUGAAAACCACAUGGAAUGAGCCGGCUAUCGAUCCGGUCACCGAAACUUAUCGCUCUUCAACACAUAGUCAUUCAGUCGUAAAUGGACACGCACAUGCUCAGGCUUUUUCAUAUGUAACACCGCAAUCAAUCAAUAAUGACGAUGGUCAAGAUAUUCAUGUGGCCGAUGAAGAAAACGAAGAUGAAUUCGUCGAUACGCAAUCACACAGGCGAUCGCUGCACGAAUAUAAACACUAGACUCUCUUUAGUAGAUAUAAAUUUAGGAAACAGUUUUUGUCGGUAUCAAAACUAGCUGAGAAAAAAAAAAUCAAUUAAGUCAAUUCGUGUAAAUAAUGUUUUCAACCUCAGUUUUUUUAAUAUUUGUUUUAAUUUGUGCGAGAGAUUAUGAUGACAAAGCGCUGAUAAGUUAACAAAGAAAAUCGAAGUAAAUAAAUAUGUGUUAGUUCUGCCAUAAUUAAAGAGUGAAAAGAGACAAGAUAAUAACCUAGAGCAGAGAAUCAUUUCAACAAAUUCUCGAGAAUAUCGCAUUUUUUGGCCACAAAAUUUUCAAUUUUAUUCUUUUUUUUUAAUUUUCGGAGAAAUUUCUCAUUUUUUUUGUAUAAGCUGUAAGUUUUCGACGCGAGAUUGAGUGAAUGAACUGCAAUUAGAUCAAACUUAAUGCUACUAUUUAGAAGCAUUUUUUGGAUACAUUUUUCGUGUCCAUAAUAGCAUGAGAUAUCCGAAAUAUUAGCUAUUAUGAGAUUUGUAACUGUAC